AGAAGGUCAAAGCGCAGUACAAAUCUGUUAAAAGUUGACCAAAUGGCAUGACAUGACCCUUCCUCAGUUACAAAAAUGGUCCUAAGGUGGCUAUGGCGGAGAUGGAAACCAAUCCUCCUGUCUAUCCUCCUCAUCAAACUCUUCCUCACCACCACCACCCUCUCCCCACUCUCUUUCCUCCUCCAACAACCUUCCUCCAAACCCCCAAACCCACCUCUCAAAUCUCCAUGUACACCACCACUCCACAACUCUCACCUCCUCUUUUGCAACACCUCUGUCCCAAUCCAAACCAGGGCUCAAAACCUCCUCUCUCUCCUCACCCUCCAAGAAAAAAUCAACCUUUUAGCCAACAACGCCACACCCAUCUCCAGAUUCUCCAUCUCCGCCUACGAGUGGUGGUCCGAGUCCCUCCACGGCCUCGCCUCCAAUGGCCCCGGGGUUACUUUCACUGGCCCUGUUUCCUCCGCCACUGUUUUCCCUCAAGUGUUGCUCACUACAGCUUCUUUUAAUCGGAGUCUCUGGUUUUUGAUUGGGAAAGCUAUUGGGGUGGAGGCUAGGGCAAUGUACAAUGUGGGUCAGGCUGGGUUGACCUUUUGGGCCCCUAAUGUGAAUGUUUUUAGGGAUCCUAGGUGGGGGAGGGGCCAAGAAACGCCCGGCGAGGAUCCGAUGGUGGCGGCGGAGUAUGCUGUAGAGUAUGUGAGGGGUUUGCAGGGGGAGGGAUUUGGUGGUGGUGGUGGUGGUGAUGGUGGUUUGAUGGUGUCUGCUUGUUGCAAGCAUUUCAUUGCUUAUGAUUUGGAGAAUUGGGGGAAUUUCACUAGUUUUGGCUUCAAUGCUAUGGUGACUAGGCAGGAUUUGGAGGAUACUUAUCAGCCUCCAUUUCAGAGUUGUGUUGAAGAAGGCAGAGCCAGCUGCUUGAUGUGUGCCUAUAAUCAGGUCAAUGGAGUGCCUUCAUGUGCACACAGAAAUCUCUUGCAGAAAGCUCGAAUUGAAUGGGGGUUUCAAGGAUAUAUCACCACAGACUGUGAUGCCGUUGCUGUGAUAUAUGAAUAUCAGCGAUACUCCGAGGCUCCUGAAGAUGCCGUUGCUGAUGUUAUUAAAGCAGGAGUUGAUAUGAACUGUGGUACAUAUUUUCUUCAGUAUACUCAAUUAGCAAUUAAGCAAUCAAAAAUUCAAGAGGAUGACAUCGACAGAGCUCUUUUGAACUUGCUCUCAGUUCAAUUUCGCCUGGGGUUUUUCAACGGAGAGCCUGGAAAGGGGUCAUUUGCAAAUCUGGGUCCUCCGGACGUUUGUUCUGCAGAACACAGGAAAUUGGCAUUGGAAGCAGCAAGGCAAGGAAUUGUACUUUUGAAAAAUGAAAAUAAGUUCUUACCAUUAAAUCAGAAGCUUAUAGCCUCAUUAGCCAUCAUUGGACCCUUAGCAAAUGAUUCCAGCCAACUUGGUGGAGACUACACAGGUGUGCCUUGUAAUUCAAGGAGCCUCUUUGAGGGAUUCUGGCCUUAUGUAUCAAAAACUUUAUAUGCUAGUGGUUGUAGUAACAUACAAUGCAAUUCGAGUGACGGCUUUGCGGAAGCUGUUCAUGUUAGCAGAGAAUCUGAUGUGGGCAUUGUGAUUGCGGGCCUUGAUUUGUCUCAAGAAAACGAAGGGCGUGACAGGGUGAGCCUCCUAUUGCCCGGUCGACAAAUGGAUCUAAUCUCUGCUGUUUCCUCUGCAAAUAAAGCGGCUAUUAUUCUUAUCUUAAUGGGAGGUGGACCUAUUGAUGUAUCUUUUGCAAAAGAGAACCCAGAAAUUGCAAGCAUUCUUUGGAUAGGAUACCCGGGCGAGGCUGGCGGACAAGCGAUUGCAGAAGUCAUCUUUGGAAAGCUCAAUCCAGGUGGGCGGCUCCCAAUGACAUGGUAUCCAGAAUCUUUUACCAAUGUGCCUAUGAAUGAUAUGAGUUUACGAUCCAACCCUUCGCGAGGCUACCCAGGACGAACUUACCGGUUCUACACGGGGGAUGUGGUGUAUGAAUUUGGACAUGGUUUGAGUUAUUCCAAUUACACUUGCAAAUUUGCAUCCUUACCAGACAAAGUGAGUUUGCCAACUAUGACCAGGGUCAACAAGACAGCGGAUGGGAUUGAUUAUGUAGAUGUUAAUAAGAUUACGUCGUGUAAUUUGUUGAGAUUUCAAGCGGUCAUCACUGUGUUUAACAAUGAAGGUAUGGAUGGGAAUCAUGUCGUAAUGCUGUUCACUCGAUUGGCAAGAAGGAUUAGAGGAGCCCCUCGAAAAACUCUAAUUGGAUUUACUCGGGUUCUUUCAAAAUUACUGACAACUGCUGAAACAAGCAUACAGGUAGACCCGUGCAAGCAUUUUAGCAUCGUGGAUGAUAACGGAACAAGGAUAUUGCCCUUGGGGAAGCAUAUUGUAAUGUUGGAAGGUUUGGAGCAUUUUGUAUCUGUUGAAAUGUGAUUAACGAGAGAACAUCUGGACAGACUGGAAAUUCACACGACAAUUGAAGACAUGGAUUGGAUUGUUUGUUUGUUUGCAGUUGAAAUUAAAGCAGAUGAAUCAAAAGUAGUGUUGGGUGGUUAUAUUUUUUUUGGAAUAGUAUACGAGUUAAUAGAAUGGCACUAAUAAGUGGUUGUAAAGACCAUUGUAAUCUUUACUUUGAAGUUGGUUAAAUCCAUAAGCUAUGAAAUUUAGAAUUUUCAACUUA